AUGGAGGAUGUAUUGGUAUUGAAGGAUUAUAAAACAGUGCCAGAUAUAGUUCAUGAGUACGAGCCUACAGUCAAAUUUGGACAUAUUCCGCUAGUGAUAGAUAAUGGUUCAUAUCAAUGCCGCGUCGGGUGGUCGAUAAAUGAUGAACCACAUUUAAUAUUUAAAAAUCUAAUUGCACGACCCCGUAAAGAUCGCUGUAAAAAGGACUCCGAACCUCCAGUUACACCUCCAAUACAAAUAGGAAAUGAUAUUAUCAAUAUCGAAGCUGUUAGAUUCCAAUUAAAAACUCAAUUUGACAAAAAUGUUGUGACUCACUUUGAAGUCCAAGAACUUGUGUGUGAUUACAUCUUUUCACAUUUGGGCUUGGACAGUGAAGGCUGUGUUCCACAUCCCAUUGUUAUGACUGAAGCUUUUGUUGCACCUAAUUAUUCAAGGCAAUUGAUGUCAGAACUACUCUUUGAAGGAUAUGGAGUUCCCGCAGUAAGCUAUGGAAUUGACUCUCUAUUUAGCUUUUAUAGAAACCAAAUUGGAGAUUCAGGCCUCAUUAUAAAUCUUGGAUACCACACAAUCCAUAUCAUCCCUGUCAUUCGGGGAAAUGUUAUUGCUGAACAUGCACGAAGAAUUAAUUUAGGGGGCAGUGAAAUUAUAUGUUACCUACACAAGCUCCUUCAGUUAAAGUACCCAGUGCAUGUAAAUGCAAUAACAAUGUCGCGAAUUGAAGAGAUAUUGCAUGAGCACUGUUCAAUUGUUUUGGACUAUCAGGAAGAAAUAAAGAAAUGGGCAAAUGCAGACUACUACGAUGGGCAUGUUAAAAGAAUCCAGUUACCGUAUGUGCAAAACACAAGUUCUUCUGCACUUACAGCGGAGCAACAAAAAGAGCGUAAGAAGGAAAUGGCACGGCGUCUCUUAGAAAUAAAUGCAAGGAAACGGGAAGAAAGGUUAGCUGAAGAUGAAGAGCAAAUGAAUCAACUGCUUGCUAUACAGGAUUUAAUAGAAGAUGGCGACACUCAGGAGUUUGAAGAGGCGAUUAAGACUUUCGAAAUAAAGAGCUACGCCGAUCUACAGAGGCAAAUAGCAAAUGUUAAUAUGCGAAUAGAGAAGAACAAACAGCGCAUAGCGGCAGCUGCGAAUCCCGAGGAGGUCGUAGAGCCACGGCCCAGUGGUCGCAUGCAACCGCCACAGGACCCCGUCGCGUUUCAGACUUGGCUUACUGAAACCAGGGCUAAGUACAGUGAGAUACUGUCACGUCGUGAAGCGCGUCGUGCCCGUCGAGCUGCAAUGGUGCGCAGGCGCACGGCAGCAGCCGCUGAAAGAAUGCGUGUUAUCUCUCGUCUAGCGGCUGCUGGUGACGAGUUUGGCAACCAGGAUUCAGAUUGGGAUGUAUAUAAAAGUAUAAGUCGUGACGCCGACUCAGAUUCAGAUGCGGACGGUGAGAGGAUCGUAGAACUAGAAGAGGCGUUACGGGAAUACGAGCCUCAGAUGCCUUCCAGUAUGCACCAUCAAUUGCAUUUAGCUAUUGAACCUUACAGAGCACCCGAGUUGAUAUUUCAACCAUCAAUGAUGGGAAACCUGGAGGCAGGUCUAGCGGAAACUAUGGAGUAUGUCUUUAAACAUUUCAACGCGGAAGACCAGCUGUUGUUGGCGAACAACGUGUUUCUGACAGGCGGGUGCUCGCAGUUCCCUGGUCUCAAGGAACGCCUUGAACGAGAACUCUUAGAAAUGCGGCCGUUCCAAUCCACGCACAAAGUGGUAACAGCGAGCGAUCCCAGCUUGGAUGCAUGGCACGGGGCACGCGAUUUCGCGAGCGGUAACGAUUUCGAGAACUGCUGCAUCACUAAAGAGAAUUACUACGAGAUGGGGGGAGAAUACUUGAAGGAACACCACGUGAGCAACAGGUAUUAUCGGAGUCCAGCACCGAUAGUUGACAAUACGUUAGCUCCUGCUGGAGACGCGAAUGUAGUUAAGGAGGAAAUUGUAGUCGACUGUUAG